CGUAGGAAAUGGGGAGUGUUUUGUUACUUACAAGGGCUCCUUCAAAUGUAACAGUAGGUAACAGAACCGGCGUGGUGGCCCACUAGAGCUUCACUUUAGGGCUUGACAGAUUUAGAAGUCUGGAGAAUGGAGUAGUAGCAGGACGUGGAAUCUGGAGAGUGGAAGUGGUAUAAGGACCCUUAGAAGAUCUUCCAAGAUCCCAGAUACUCACUUUUACCUGACUUCUGCAUGUUGUCAUCUCGUUUACGCCUGGUCCCGGCGACAGUCCGCCUAAUCCAUUGCCUGAUCUGCAGUUCUUCCCGUUCCUUCAUGGAUCUAAAGGCUCUCCUUUCCUCGUUGAAUGACUUUGCAUCCCUCUCAUUUGCUGAGAGUUGGGACAAUGUUGGAUUACUGGUGGAACCAAGCCCACCACACACUGUAAAUACGCUCUUCCUAACCAAUGAUUUGACAGAAGAAGUGAUGGAGGAGGCGCUGCAGAAGAAGGCAGAUCUCAUUCUCUCCUACCAUCCGCCCAUUUUCCGACCUAUGAAGCGCAUCACCUGGAAAACCUGGAAAGAGCGCCUGGUGAUCCGGGCGCUGGAGAACAGAGUCGGGAUCUACUCUCCUCACACGGCCUAUGAUGCCGCUCCCCAGGGAGUCAACAACUGGCUGGCUAAAGGGCUUGGAGUUUGCACUUCCAGGCCCAUCCAUGCUUCCAGAGCUCCUGACUGCCCCACGGAGGGAACACACAGAGUAGAAUUCAGUGUUGCCCACACCCAAGACCUGGACAAAGUCUUUUCUGCCGUGAAAGGAAUUGCAGGUGUAUCUGUCACUUCUUUUUCUGCUAGGACUGAUGAUGAAGAACAAACACGGCUCAGUCUGAACUGUACUCAGCAAGCUUUGAUGCAGGUGGUGGCUUUUCUUUCCCAGCACAGACAAUAUUAUCAGAAGACUGAAAUUCUGUCACUGGAGAAGCCUCUGCUUCUACAUACUGGGAUGGGACGGUUAUGCACACUGGAUGAGUCUGUCUCCUUGGCAACCAUGAUUGAGCAAAUCAAAAGGCACCUAAAACUGUCUCAUGUUCGCCUUGCUCUUGGAGUAGGGAAGACCUUAGAGUCCCCAGUCAAAGUUGUGGCCGUGUGCGCUGGUUCUGGGAGCAGCGUCCUUCAGGGAACAGAAGCCGACCUCUACCUCACAGGUGAGAUGUCCCAUCAUGAUGUUCUGGAUGCUGCUUCCCAAGGAAUAAAUGUGAUCCUCUGUGAACAUAGCAACACUGAACGAGGCUUUCUUUCUGAUCUUCGAGACAUGCUGGGUGCUUACUUGGAGAAUAAGAUUAAUAUUAUCGUGUCAGAAAUAGACAGGGACCCUCUUCAUGUGGUAUAAUGCCUGCAGGAACAACCAGAUGACACAAUCUACAAAUCGAAUGGCUCCCAACUCAAAUGCAUAACAUGAAUCAGUGGGGUAUCCUUCUGAAAGAAUGUCUUAGAAGGUACAUUAUCAUUUCUGGUUUCUUGAUCUGCUUCAACAGAUGUUCUGUAGCUCAGAAGGUAAAAACAAUAAUAUAAUUACCAUUAAAGAUCAAUUAUUAUAAAGAACAAAUUAAAGAAUAUAUUGUAUAAUAUGUAUUCAUUAUAACCUCUAGGAAAGAUGGAGUAAACCUGUUUACUUAACAUUCUUGGGAAAUAUCAAUAGCUCAAGUAAUCAUCUCCUUAGCUUAAUUAUAGAUGGGAUGUGUCAUUCUAUAUCUCUCUGUCCUUAGUUAUUUUAAAAAUACACUUUUCCAAAAAAUAUAUAUAUAUACAUAUAA